CAAAAGUUAAACGUUCACACUGAGGGCAGAGGAAAAAGUAUUGUUUUCUGGAAAACAUGGCUAAUUGCAGCUAAAACGCGACUUGCUAAUUCGGCAAAUCAGAUUUUAGAGCCACCAAUAAGGCGACAAUUAGGCAAAAUACAGGGACAAAUGAAAAUUGACGCGUGUUAAAUGCAAACAAGAAAAUUCCAACACAGACCUUGAGUGGCUAACACACACACACACUCGCAGGCCCUCCACACCUGCGUCACACAUACACACCACACACACAGUGAUAAAGCGGAGCGAGAGGGAUAGAAGAUCAAACCGUUCCCAGCGUUUUUGUUGUUCUUCUUGAAGCAGGAAGUGAAUUUUAGGGGAUCCUUUUACUGAAUUUUGCAGCUGGCAUUAUGGUGAAUGUACCCCCGCUGCUCUGCAGCACCCCCCCGCCCAUCGAUUUUGGGGAGGAAGACGACGAUUCCGGUUUACAAUCCACCAUCCAUUUGGAGGAGGGUGACGAAUACUCAAAUUUUGGCUUAGUCAGCAGCUCGAAAGAACCCCCUCCACCACCAGAUCCCGUGGAGGAAUUUCGAGAAAAGCCACCCGAUUUGCUGGAAGACAAACAAACCGCCGAGGCAUUUAAUUACCAAGUGAAACAGACGAUGGAUUACGAUGUUUUCGAGGAAACAGCACCGCCGACGCCGCCUCCGUUGAGCUUGGAACUGGAUGAUGAGGAACUGGAGGAGCAGGUGCCCUCCCUUAAGUUGGACAGUCUAAGUCUCUAUUCCACGGAAAGCGUUUCUGCCGCCUCCACACUCUCACCGGUUGCGGAGACUAGUGCAGUUGCUCCGCCGGCUAUGCAAACAACCAAAGCCCAUGUCCUCAGCCACCAAGUCACGCUGGAGGAUGUGUCCGAUGACAGCGACGAGGAGUGCUCGCCAAAGAAGCCCAAAGAACUAUUUAUACGCGAGGGAGCUGUGGAUUUCUUUGCCAUAGAGGUAUUGGCCACUCCAACCCAAAAAAAUGGAGAAGGCUUUUCGGAGGAGAAUGUGGAUACAGGGAAAGGAGAAAACGUAGAGAAUACCUCCCAGCCAAAGGAAAGCUUUCGAAGUCUUGAAGCCCAGGAGGAAAGUUCAAAUACCUUAGAAAAGCCUUUGGAAAAUCAAAUCCAUGGCUUAUCAAGUCCUGCAAAUCUGGAGGAAUCCCCUCACGAAUGGGGUGAACCAGCAAAUAGUGAUACAUUUUCAUUUAAAAACUUUGAAGCGACGCCAAAAGACAUAGUACACAAAGAAAUUGUUCCCGAAAUGCAAGAGCCAGAAGAUGAUGAUGACUUUGGUGACUUUGCGGACUUCUCAGCGGCAGAACCACAACUAGAAAUCAAGGAGAAUCCAACGUCUUCCUUUGAGACACCUUCCUUAGCAAUCAAUUCCCGAACGGAAUCUCAACCUCUAGAGGUUAAGAUGGCUCCUACCACAGAAGAAUCUUCUAAGUUACCUCCUGCAGAGUCCGAUGAUGGCUUCGACGAUUUUCAGGAGUUUGCCACUCCUGCGAAUGGAAACCACGGUCAAAGCGAAGACGACGAUGAUUUUGGCGACUUCGCGGAGCCCGUAGUGGCUCCUGUUUCUGUACCUCCGCCACCGCCGCCAGCUGCUGUCCACCUGAGCAUAGAUGAAAGGGUUAAGCCAGUCCUUGAAAUGAUGUUUCCACAGCCAAAGGAGCCGGACAGCAAAAGUAUGGACAAUCGCAGGCCUUUGGCGCAGUGCCAGCGAUUCAACUUUGGUGCCAUAGAGCAUGCCCAAGCCCUCGAUUACCAAUGGAGCAGCUCGGAAAUGAGACACGCCCUCGUUCGAUCGCUGGGCAUCGAUUCAAGGAAUAUACUCUUCGGCGACAAGUGGAACUCAUCGAUGCCACGUUUUGCUGCCAACCUGAGCUUCGAUCCACUGAAGCCGCUGAAACCUCAAUCAACGGGCGCCGCAAGCAGCCUGGAGCCCAUCUCCAAUCCCACCAGCUACCAGGAAUCACAUGUACAGACAUUACAAUUGGAACAACUAGACCAACUAACGGUGGUGGCUAAUGCUGAUAAAAUAAAUCUUGUUACCUCUAACUCCCACACCAAUAACAACAACGAUAAUGGUGAUAACGACGUUGCUGCACCCGUUGAUCAACUGGAUUGUUUGCCACCUGUGAUGGAUUUGAUGACCCAUAACGAUCACAAUUUGACAAUCGAUUUGCACCACUCUCCACCACUCACACAUUUUGCCACCAUCUGCAACAACAAUAAUAACGAUAAUAACAAUCCCAACAAUCUUAACAACAAUCAUGCAAAAAAUACUGCAACAAUGACAAUAACAAUUAACACUAACCUCACUGCUCACGACGCCUUGCUGGAUUUUAGAUUGGAAAACGCCCCCGCAACAACGGCGAGCCAAACUGAAACGCGGACUGGCUCGUCUCAUGGGGAAGGCUCCACCGGCUCCUGUUCCGCCAGCAAUUCCGACGGCGAAGAGCGACCGAGUCAUAGCCACCAGCCAACAGCAGUCCCCAGCCCCGAAUCGAACCAUAUUGAAUCCACAGCAGCGGCAUCAGCAGCAGCUGUUGCUGCAGCAGCAGCGACGCUACCGACUGCUCUAUCAGCAGACAGCCCUGCCCACAAACUCAACGGCGGUGAGCAGCUGCAUCAGCAGCGGCCGGAGCCGGAGCAGUUUGAUUUGAGGACCACUCCUCCGGCCGCACCGCCAGCUCAGGAGGAGGUCGUGGGCAGCACGAUGGCCAGCUAUUCGGUGCCGCUGAAGGAGACCCACAUCUAUACACCCUCCAAAUCGGAUACGGCGGUGGCCAAGACCACUACACUGGCGCCCAUUGAUUUCGACUACGAGAUGGCUGCGACGGGCAUUAUCAUCGAUGAGACGGUGGUGAAGAAGGAGUAUCGCGAUGUGGAGUACAAACCCCCAUUUGGUCUGGAUUCGCCCAGCAAACUGAGUGGCAAUGGAGCUGCCAGCAGCUUUCAGUUGCCACCACAGACGACGGAAGAUGACGACUUCAGUGAUUUUCAAUCUAUGCCGGCGCCAAGGUCUCGCAUCGAUACGCCCACUUUUGGUGAACAGAUGAUCCUUAGUCCGGCUAUUCUGCUGCCCCAAGCCAUUCCACUGGCAAAGAAGCCAGCUGCAACUAUUGAAUGGGGCGACAAUGCCCUGUCCAGCAUAAAUGCCGAGGAAAUGGCCAGGAUAGAGGAGUUGUUCUCCUCGCAGGCCAAACCGCUCACCAUAAGCGCUUCGGUGGCCAAGAAACCAGCUCCUUCCACGCCAGCUCAGUCUCAACCUCAAGAAGACGAUGAAUGGUCGGACUUUGUCUCUGUGCCAGUCACCCAACAGCAAUCGCAUCAUCAGCAAAACGCAAUCGCUAACAACAAUAAUGUAGUCAACAGCAACACUAGGAAACCAGCUGCACCCAAAGAAGAUGAUUGGUCGGAUUUUGUGAGCAGUACUCCGCCGACACGACCGGCUCCACAAUUCAAUUCCGGUGCCUGGCAGAGCGCUAAUUUCUACAACAAUCCCUUGAGUUUGUACCAGGCGCAGCAGCAGCUGCAGCAACAGCCUCAUAGCAAUCUAGUGCCCAAGGGCAGCACCAGCAGCAAUAACAACAAUGUGCCAGCCAUUCCGCAGCAAAUACACAUCAUGCACGACUUCUCGACUGCACCCGUCUCUGGAGGAUUGGGUGUGGGUGCCACCUACCAGCAGCAGCAUCAGCGACAGCAGUUCCAAAUUGGCAACGCCAAGGUGGCCCCGCGCAUCUCCCUGAUCCCCGAUCUCAGCUUCGUUGCACCGGCCUUGCCCACAAAUGCUGGUGCGUUCAUGGGUGCGCUUCCGAAACCCAGUUUCGGUGGCAAGAAAUGACACAAGAAGCUGAGGGUGGGCAGUGGGCGGCUCCAGCAGCAGCAGCGUCCGCAUAUGGGCGCUCCACGCCCACUGGGUGGCGGCGAGGCCACCAUCCUCACAUAGGCGAAAGGGUCGAUCGCGCCCCCGGGGGAGCCAGUCAGUAUUAUGAAUCCGUCUGAUAUUCACCAUAAUCCGAACCGUCACACAUUGUAGUUUUGAGGCAAGCUGUGUUCCAUGUUGUUGUCGUUGUUGUUAACCUUGUCGUUGGCAUAAUUGUUGUUGUUGUUGUGCAUGCAUGUUGUAGUCUUAGGCGUAAAAAUCAGGACUUAGAACGAAACGAAAAAGUAACCAUUUUGUGCAAUAGUUUGAUUCUAAAUUUAUGUUGUACUUAAUUUGACGAAAAGAAACAGUUUUCAAAAAGAAUAUUUUGUAGAGCGAAAAAUCUGUUAGUAUGCUUGGAAAAUUUUUUGUUUUUAUCUAAUAUUAAUUUAAUGAUUCCAUAUACUUUUGGUAACAAAAUUCCAGAUGAAUUGUAAAGAUUUGAUUUAAAGCCCAGUGAAAAUAUGUACUUUAAGGGAUAUUUCUGAAAUUCUGCGAGAUUUUAAGAUUUAAGCUUAUGCAUCUGUUAGCAUGCAAUAUCUCUAUGCGGUCAUAUCAAAAUAAAAACAUAAGGAUUCAUCAUAGAUGACCAAAACAAAAGAUACAAAUUAAAAACAAGGAUUUCGGAAGUAUCCCACGUGAAGAGAAAUUCUGAAUUACUUUUAAAAAUGUAAAACUAUUAGUUCCAUGAUGUAAUUAGCUUUAAUCAACCCAAAGUAAGCACCCUAAAUCGGAGUACUCCGCCUAUCUGAGGAAUUAAUGCGCAGCAAAGCCUACAAUGCAUUCCACUGGCGAACUUCCCUCUUUGUAUAUCCAUAACAAAUACUCCAAUGCGAUUGCGGGCCACCACCACCACAUGGAUGAAAACCCAACCCGCCUGAUGCGAAUUUUUUCUAUAUUGUGUACUUAACAAGCGACAGGAAAGCGAACUAACCAAGCAAACAUAGUUAACGUUGUAUAUGAAAUAGGAUUUGUUAGUUGAUAGAAGAACUCCCGUGCAUUCCAAGUGUAAAUGAGUGUGACUGGCUGCCAUGAUGAUCUCCAGGAAAUCGCUGGAAAACGAAACCCAAUCCGCUCCAGUUCUUGAUUAUUGUUUUGUUCGUGUUAAUGUGUUUUCAUUUAUUUAUUUUACUUUAUGUUACGCACUUUAAGUUGAAUGUGUCUGUGUGUUGCGUGUGUGUGUCUGAAAAUUAUAAACAAUUAUCGACUAAAACUAAGUGUUUGAUGUAAUCAUAUGUUUUAGGCUUAAAUGUAAAUUACAAAUAGAUUUCAAUUUGUUUUGUUUCAUUUUGCCAAGUCAAUGAAAAAAAGGUAAAAACAAGAACAUGAUUAUAGAUGGUUGCUGCUUGGUUUAAAUAAAUGAAUUACCUAUGUACUAGAACGUAUUAAAAUAUAUUUACCAUAUUGUAUAAUUAAAAGAUAUGCGCUGAUUAAAAUAAACCUAUUUGAAAAACAAAAUCCUUCAA